AUGUCUGACCACGAAGAAGUUCCAGUUGAAGUUCAAGAACAGGAAGAGUUCGAAGUCGUUGAGGAAUUCGCCCCAGUUGAAUUGGCCACUUCGAUCCCAGAGGACGUCCAAAGAGCCCAGAAGGAGAUCAAGCUAUUCAACAAAUGGUCUUUCGAAGAUGUGCAGGUUAAGGACCCAUCUUUGGUGGACUACGUCCAAGUUGGCCAAUCGAUCUUUGUGCCUCACACCGCUGGCCGUUACGCCAACAAGAGAUUCAGAAAGGCUCAGUGCCCAAUCUUUGAAAGAUUGACCAACUCUUUGAUGAUGAACGGUAGAAACAACGGUAAGAAGUUGAAGGCUGUCAGAAUCGUCAAGCACACUUUGGACAUCAUCAACGUGUUGACCGACCAGAACCCAUUGCAGGUUGUCGUCGACGCUGUUGUCAACACCGGUCCAAGAGAAGACACCACCAGAGUCGGUGGUGGUGGUGCUGCCAGACGUCAGGCUGUCGAUGUGUCUCCUUUGAGAAGAGUCAACCAGGCCAUCGCUUUGUUGACCAUCGGUGCCAGAGAAGCCUCUUUCAGAAACAUCAAGACCAUUGCCGAAACUUUGGCUGAAGAAUUGAUCAACGCUGCCAAGGGUUCCUCCACUUCCUACGCUAUCAAGAAGAAGGACGAAUUGGAACGUGUUGCCAAGUCCAACCGUUAA